AAAAAAAAAAAAAAAGAGAAUAUUAGUUUAAAACAAUUUUGAAGAAAUCGCAAAUCGAUCCCCCAAGAUCUGCCCCCCUCUCUCCAUUGCUCUGGACCCGCGCGCAACUUGAAAUAUCCCACUCCUCCUCCCUCAAGCCGCCCAGACUCCCUUUUAACUCUACGCUUCUUUGACUUUCUUUGCUUCUUCUUUUGAGGGGAAGAAGAAACAUUAAUUUAAAGCUCCCGUCCUCCUCCCUCUUGAAGAAGAUCAAUUUUGGUUUCCAACUUGCCUCGACCCACCCUCCACCUAGCUGUCUUUACUAGGUUCCGGGCUUUAUACUUGCUUAGGGUUUUAUUAUCCCACCGGACAAGAUAUUGCGUAUACAACCAGGCCAUCCCCGGCCCGUGUCACCACCCCAAUCAAACCGCAGCUACCCGGUUCAUAUCUGAGAUCUUCCAGAACACAUUGAAGAUUGACAUCGAUAUCUUUCCAUUGGUUGCCAAUAUCAUUCGAGUCCGAUUUAUUGGCAUUGCUUUUGAGCUAGCCACUUACCCAGUCAACUCCCAUAUCUUUUUCCCUGUUCUGGCUGUUAAAAUCGACUUUCUCUCAAUCGCUGGCUUCAGUCUAUAUAAAGGACGGUUCCGUGUUGCGAGCUUCGGUGACGAAACGGACAUAGUUCUGUUCCCUUGAUAUUCGAUAUAUAAUCUCAACUGUGAAUAAACGCCCUGAUAUCUCCGAAAAUAACGUCGGCCCUUCACGCAUUUCCGUACGAUCAAACCAGAUCACGGCGCUGCAUUCACCACGGCACGAUGGUCUACAGUAAGCCCAAUAUGUCUACAGGCGCCAUGAAGCGUUCAGCUUCGGCCCUUCACGAAGGAGCACCUGGGUGGGAUGUUGCUCCUCCUAUGAUGACCCCAGCGCGCCCCGCAUCCUUCCGCAUGCCCUACGCGCACUAUGCUCUGAUCUAUCUGGACAACGAGGGCAAGCUCAAGGUCGACGAGUCUGCCUCUAUCAAAGAGCAAAAUUCCACCAUCUUCACUCCAGAGGUUCGCCAAAACUUCCUUGAGAUCCUCGGGGAACGUAUUGGCCUCCACCAGCCUCUUCGCCGUACAUUGGAUGCUUCUCCUCGCCGUGUUCGCCGCCGCCGUAUUAAUGCUCCAGGCUCUGAUGACCGUCUCGCAGACCUUGGUUCGGAUAGCGAUGACUGCUCCCCCAACGGCUCCAACGAAAUGAUUCCCCUGCGCAUCGGAGACACUCCUAAGGUUUUGGCUUACUACGAAGGCGCUCUGAAGCACUUCCAGCAACUCAACUGCCGAAUGGUCGCAAAAGCCUUCAUCAAGUUCAUCGAGCCCCGCAAGCAGGUUCGCCAUCCGUACAAUGGUGGCAAGCCCCCAGCAGGCUCUCCGCCCGGUACUACUGGCGACCCCGAAAAGACCAAGCCCUUGUGGUGGCCCCCGGGCGUCAUGCACAAGGAGCCCGACCAUCUGCGCAAAGAGUACCGCAUUGAGCUCCUGCUUCACAUCAUUCGCAAACUUGGCGAAUAUGGCAUCACGGCCGAUAAGCUGAAGGAGGUCGCUGGCGACACCAAGCGCAGUCUUAAGCAUGCUUCGCAUGUGGACAUCAUUUACGAGAUCCUACGCGUGCGCAAGAUGGAGGAGCGAUUUGAGCGUGGAGAAGUUGACGCAAGCAUGGUUGUCUAUGUGAUGAACCGAGGCCCUAGCCCCAAGGGUGACGAUGAAGAGGACUCCAACGACACUACCACUGUUUCUGCCCCCCCUGUCGAAGCUCCUGAGCACAUUGAAGAAGGCCUUCUUACCCCAACAUCCUCGAUCGAGCACGUUACCGCUACAUUGACAACCCCGAUCGACCCAUUGUCUAUGGCACCAACCAGGUCUCUUCCACCGAGCUUCUCCCUCUCGCAACCUCUCAGCUUCGACGGCCCCCGACAAGAUCGUCAUUAUUACGGCACACCUCCUCAAUACUCAGACUCAUUCUCCCAGCCGAUGCUGAACACCCCGGUGACCGCCGAGAUGAUCAGCCCCCACGACGUCUCGGUCUUCGACUACUCAACCUCCCACGCCUUCCCGGCGCCAACGACAGACCAGAAGUUCGAUGCCUGGGCACCUACCUUCCGUCAGACUCUGUUCAGUCCGGUCGACUACAACUCCCCGGCCGGGACACACGGUCUGCCCCAGCCCCCUAUGCACUACCACAUGUCCAUGGCAUCACCAGCGCAGCUUCAUGAUAUGUCUCAUCCUCACGCCCACUCACCAUUGGACCCGAUGAGCCAGCGCACCUUGCCCUUCCGUACUGGCUCACUGGGUCACCCGCAUGAGCUGCCUCUCUCCCACUAAGCCUAGGUUCUUGAUGGACGGGCAGGACCCAAUUGGAGGCGACCCCGAGCAAUGCCACGACUGAAGGAAGUGCACGGGAUUUAAUGAAUUCUACGACUAAAUGGCUUUGAUUACCAUACCAUAUGAAAGCACUUGAUACUUGAUACAAAGGGCGGGCUUGUUCUGGAGUUUUGUUUCACUGUUUAUUAUUUUUUGAGUCGACUUUUGUUUUCUUAAUCGUUUCUACUUUCUUGUCUCUUGUGAAUACAAAAAUUGGUCGGUGUCAUCAGAAGGAAGAACCGCGCAGAUAUGGGGGGGGGGGGGGGGGGGGGGGGGGGGGGUGUUGGCUGUUGAGUCAUUUUGUUCUUUGAAAAUACUUCCAUUGGCUUUGGAUUUGUGAUUGCGACUUGUGUGGUGUUGGAUUUUGAUUGACUUUGAUUUUUACCUAUCUUCCGGUUUUUCUGGGCUAACAUUCGUUUUAUCCUUACCUUUUCUGAGUCUUUCGCUAAUACUUUUGCAAUUACUUGUUUACGGAGAUUUGUCAUAUAUGUGGAUGGCCUUUUUGUGAUCGUUUCUCCCCGGCAUUCAUCAUGUUUUGGGGCUGUUGAUAAACAACCUUGUUUUGGAAGAUUUUGAUACCAUAUGAAAUACUCCAUGAAAAUAUUCUCCGAA